AUGGUGGUCAAAGUGAACUCCGAGUGCUCCCGUGGGCUGCAGAUGAGAUCAAGCACAUUCGCCGUCGGCGGCCACGACUGGCGUAUUUUGUGCUAUCCAAAGGGCCACUGGUGCGACGGCCACAUCUCCCUUUUCCUCGAACAUGGCGGUCGCCGUGCUAGCCACAAACCGAUCGGGGAUAUCAUGGCAAAGAUCCAGUUUAGUAUACUUGACCAGGCCUUGGAGCCAUCAUACACCAAAACCAUACUAAUGCAGCGCUAUGGCUCCCACUAUCAAUGGGGCGGAUUCGAGUGGUUCAUGACUGACGAGGAUUUCGACAAAGAGAAGCAUCUUAAGGAUGACUGCCUGACCGUCGUGUGCGACCUCACCGUCAUCGUCACCGGAACCGACGAGUGCAUGGAGAUUCCGCCGGUGGCGCCGCCCUUGGACUUGCAUGGGCAACUCGCGGAAGCCAUCUGGGACAAGGAAACACCGGACGUGGAGAUCAAGGUCGGCCGGGAGACGUUCACUGCGCACCGGUGGAUACUCGAGAAUCUACGACAGCACCGCUCAAGUACUAGCGUGCAAGACAUGGACCCCGAGGUGUCCAAGGCUCUGCUCCAGUUCAUCUACACGGACUCGCCUCCACAUGCGAACCUGCUCGAGGCGGCGACGACGGCAGAGAGGCUGCUCGUCGCGGCGGACAGGUAUGAGCUGGAGAAACUGAAACUGGUCUGCGAGGAGGCACUGUGCCGGCACAUCGGCAUGGGCUCCGUGUUUGCCACUUUAGCGUUGGCCGAGCGGCACCGCUGCCCCGUGUUGAAGGAGGCAUGCAUGCGAUUCCUGUCUUCCUCCGGUAAUCUGGAAACUGUCAUUGCAAUGGAUGGGUUUUAG